GCGUGCACUCUGCAAGUCAGAGGUUGCUUGCUCACCAGCCAUGGACGCCCCAGCGCCGCCUCAGCCCCCAACCCAGAGCUGGCUCUGGCCUCCGAGUCUCCUGCCCGCGCCCCUGGGCCUGCUGCGGCUGGACCCCACGGGCGGCGCGCUGCUGCUGCUCGGCCUGGCCGCGCUGCUCGGCUGGAGCUGGCUGAGGCGGCACCGGCCGCCCGGCAUCCCCCCAGGGCCCGCGCCCUGGCCCGUGGUUGGCAACUUCGGCUUCGUGCUGCUGCCGCCCUUCCUCCGAGGGAAGAGCUGGCUGAACCGCCGGGUGAGGGCCGCAGGCUUGGACCUUUCCUCCCUUGGCUCACAGGUGCUGCUCACCGACCUGGCCCGCGUCUACGGAAACAUCUACAGCUUCUUCAUUGGCCACUACUUGGUGGUCGUCCUCAACGACUUCCACAGCGUGCGCGAGGCACUGGUGCAGCAGGCCGAGGUCUUCAGCGACCGCCCACGCGUGCCGCUUAUCUCCCUCGUGACCAAGGGGAAGGGGAUUGUAUUCGCACAUUAUGGUCCAGUCUGGCGACAACAGAGGAAGUUCUCUCAUUCAACUCUUCGUCAUUUUGGCUUAGGAAAGCUUAGCUUGGAGCCCAAGGUUAUCGAGGAGUUCAAAUACGUGAAAGCAGAAAUGCAAAAGCAUGGAGGAGACCCCUUCAACCCCUUCCCCAUUGUCAACAAUGCCGUCUCUAACAUCAUUUGCUCCAUGUGCUUUGGACAGCGCUUUGAUUACACCAAUAGCGAGUUUAAGAAAAUGCUUGAUUUUAUGUCACGAGGCUUAGAAAUCUGUCUGAACAACCAGCUCCAACUGGUUAACAUAUGCUCCUGGCUUUAUUACCUUCCCUUUGGACCAUUUAAGGAAUUAAGACAAAUUGAAAAGGAUAUUACCACUUUCCUUAAGAAAAUCAUCAAAGAUCAUCGAGAGUCUCUGGAUGUUGAGAACCCUCAGGACUUCAUAGAUAUGUACCUUCUCCAUGUGGAGGAAGAGAAGAAAAAUAAUAGCAAUAGCAGUUUUAAUGAAGAUUACUUAUUUUAUAUCAUUGGAGAUCUCUUCAUUGCUGGAACUGAUACUACAACUAACUCUCUGCUUUGGUGUCUUCUGUACAUGUCACUGAACCCUGACGUACAAGACAAGGUUCAUGAAGAAAUUGAAAGGGUCAUUGGUGCUGACCGAGCCCCUUCCCUCACUGACAAGGCCCAGAUGCCCUACACAGAAGCCACCAUCAUGGAGGUGCAGAGGCUGACUAUGGUAGUGCCGCUUUCCAUUCCUCACAUGACCUCAGAGAAGACAGUGCUCCAAGGAUACACUAUCCCGAAAGGCACAGUGAUAAUACCCAACUUGUGGUCAGUGCACAGAGACCCAGCCAUUUGGGAGAAACCUGAUGAUUUCAACCCUAAUCGAUUUCUGGAUGAUCAGGGACAAGUAAUGAAAAAAGAAACAUUUAUUCCUUUUGGGAUAGGGAAGCGGGUGUGUAUGGGAGAGCAGCUGGCAAAGAUGGAACUGUUCCUCAUGUUUGUGAGCCUGAUGCAGAGUUUCACAUUUGCUUUACCUAAGGAUUCUAAGAAGCCCAACCUGACUGGAAGAUAUGGUCUAACUUUAGCCCCACAUCCAUUCAAUCUAAUCAUUUCAAAGAAAUAAAGGACAUCUCCGAAAAGAGAUGGUGAACAGAAUGUAAAUAUGUGUCUUCUAAACACAUACUUUAUUCUGCAGUUGACAGCAGGGCCAGGUUAGGCUCAGGGUAGAAACUAAAAAGAAGGUAGAAUGAAUGGGAGCUUUCAUCAUGAACUAUGCUCUUGUCUGUGACUUAGUGGGUGCAACCAGAGUACUGGAUUGGGAAACAGGAGAUCAGAAUUUUACUCCCAGCGGCUUCCACCAAUGAGCAUUUCCUCUCAUCUCCCAGUGCCUUAUCAUUUCACCUGAUAACUAAGCUUGCCUUCAGGCUUCUCCAUACUAAGGAAGGUCAAAUGCCCCGUGUCUUUUCUGAAAUCACCAAAACACUGUUAAGUUCUGGAGAAAGAAAAUUAGGAAUCAAAGGAAGACCUCCCUGUUUCAGACCUGUGACAAAAUGAAAGUGGUGUUCAGACUUAAAUACUUCAUCAGAGGAGGAAGUGAGUUCAAGCUGAGUUGGAGCUCUCCUGGCACAGAUCCUUUGUCAGUUCGGGGACCCUUGUUUUGUUCUUGUUAGUCUCUUUGUUUAUGAUUUUAGUGUUUACAUUUUGUAACCAUGAGAGAAAAUGGACCCUGGUCCAGUAAUGUUGAGGAAAGGUCUGAAUGUGUACGUCUACCUUGUAUGUCAACUAUAUAAACCGCCUGGCUGAAGAAGCAGCUUCAUGGCACAAUUCCUUUCUGCCCCGUGUGCUUGCAAAGACACAGCUCUGCUUUUGACUUGAGCCCUCACUAGUGAGCCUGGGGAUUUCGGUACUGGGACUCAUCAAGAAAGGAUUCAGAUUGUACUGAACAUUUCUUUCCUAUUGUCCCACAACUAGGCCUAAUGUAUCUCAUCCUUAAAUACCACUCUCAACAACAGGAAGGCAUUCUUCUCAAGAUAAUUGUAUUAUUUCUUAAUUUAGAAGGGCCCUCUGGAAAAAUGUUGUCAGGAAAGGCAAAUGACGUCUUUCAAUGGUUGUUUGGAAAGGAAUGGGUGCAUUUUUGGUUACCACAGUGAUGGGGUUGCUACUGGCCAGUUUGCUGCCUUAAGGCCAGGAUGCUAAAUGUCUGAGCAAUUCUGUUCAAGAAUGGUCCUGCCCAGUAUGCCGAUAUUUCUCCCAAUGAGAGCGCAGUCCAAGAAGGAUUAGCCUUUCCUUUAUUCACCCAUAGUACUCCUUGCUUGUAUAGGAGUGAUCAUGAGACUUCAGUAAACAACUAUAUUUUUAAGCUUCCCCUUCUCUGGGCAUCCUAUUUAAUGCUUUACUUGUAGGCGUACAAAUUCUUUUAGAAACUCUCUUAAGAGGAUGCCACUUUGUAGCUGAUAAAGCUGAACCUUAAGGAUGUUUAGGCACCUACUUAAAAGGCACCAUUGUUCAUUUGAAACUGACCCCAGUUUUUGUGUCUGCAGAGUCUUUCUGAGGCACUGCCCUGCACUGCCACCCCUCUGCUUGAUCCCAUAGCAGUCUACCCUCUGCAUUUUCAGUAUGGAGUCAUGAAAUGCAGGCGAACCUUUAAGUGCCUUGAAGAUUUGUGUUAAUUAAAAAGAAAACUAAUAAACAAAAUUCCCAGGAACAGACUAUAAAUAAAUGGGGAGGCUGUUGCGUGGAUUUUAAAUGAGACACAUGUGUGUAUUAAAAUGCACCUUGAGCAACACGGUUUGUUCCUAAUCUGGAAUUGUAUGUGCUUUUGAAUUGUUCUAAUACCUUGGGAUUAGCAAAUUUGUAACUCCUUACUAUUACACAUGCUUAAUUUCGGCUUUCCUAAUGAAAGUUUGCAGCUUACUUGAGGAAAAAACUGUUCUGUGAGACUAUGUUAAAACCAGAUAUUCAUUCAAUUUUUAAAUAUAAGGCCUCACUCUGUAGCACUUUAAAAACACCUUUUUAUAUGGUAAAUCACCAAAAGGGCUGUUAAUACUUUCCUUCCAUAUGUUGAUAUUUUACAAUUUUAUACUUUAUGAUUUCUUUGAAAUGUGAACAUUAUAGUACUUUGUUUUAUAAAUCUGCCUAAUGUAUAAUUUUUAGUCUUCACCUCUAGCAUAAUUAUAUGCUUUCAUUAAACAUUUAUUUUGACUU